AUGAGAUGUCAGCCUAUUGUCUUGUACCAUUGUUUCAGUUCCUCCGAACAACCACUCCCACGAUCCAUGAACCUCCAGAACAAUGGUCUCGCGUCUCAUUGGACGUUGAGGCAACCAAACCAAAAAUUUCUCAAUCCUAGCCGGAAUUUAAAAGAUAAAACGCAAAAGAUUCAGAAGAGAUCAAUCAGUCAUCUCAAUCCAGAACUAGAGGACCCCACUGCUUGGCCAACAAAUUGGUAUUCCGUCAAACAAUCUAAGAAUUCCGUUGUGUCUCAUUGCCGUGACAAGAAUAGAAUGCUUGAAUUCCCCAGGCUCGCUGAGCACGAGCGGUGGAGGAGAGGACGUCAUCUCCUUCCCUUGGCAGAACUUUUACUACCGCAUCACAAUCUGAAAAAAAAAGAACGGAAGUUGCACGUCUUGCGGACGGUCCUCGAAAGGAGAUGCGGUGAGGAAUAUGAAGUAGAAAACAAACCCACAACGCCAUCCAUAAUUUCCGGCCUGACCUUUCGUGGAGUACUGAGCCAAAGUCUUCAGCGUCACAAGAAAACAGAUCCCAGUUGUUUCGAAAGUCAAAUCCAAACUUUCAUUCUUGCUCAACAGCGAUCAGAACUUGAAUUUAUGGUCAUAAGAUGGCAGACAGGUGUGGAAACAGAUAGCUACCUGGCCCGACCACAAAAAGCUGGGAUCCAGAUCCAUUAUGGCGACGGGGAAGCACAACUGUCGCUAUUCAACUUUCACUCUCUCGACAAGUUGCGACAAGCUGUGAGGUGGAAUUGGUAA